UAAUAUACAAGAUGAGAUUUAACAAACAACAAUAAAACAGUGAAUAAUUAUGAAAUAAUGAGAUGACAUUUCUUUCUUCAGAAGUGAAUAAUCAUGAUAAAGGAAACUAGAAGUGGAUCAUAAUUAAAACUAAUUUUCAUUUGCAAGAAAAGUAACAGCUGCAUGUAAACAACAUGGAUGCUUUAUUGAAUGGGAUAUUGUCCUCCAACCAUCCGGAUCAACUGAAGAAGCAGUUACUGCAUAAAAUAGCAGAUAAAGGGGCACAACCACAGGCAAUAAAAACAAUAAAAUCUGUAUUUGAACUGACUAUAAACUGGUACCUGGAAAUUGAUAAUGAGCUUGCAUCAAAUGAAGGCUUGACUAUUUUGAAAUCUUGGGCUAAACACAAUUUAUCAACUUUUGAACAAUUUUACGACAGAGAUUAUUUAGUUGGUUUACUUUUGAAAAAAUGUCGCAGAGACUGCAACAUACCGAUCCUUGUCAAAGAAUGUUUACAUCUUCUUCAACGAUCGCCUGUAUUUUAUAGUCACCUGAAAGUUGUAGAAGCCAUGGCAAUUAAUUAUGUACAGCAACAUCCUUCAAUGGCUUCUAUAGUGAACUUCAUUAGUUUGUUAAGAACUUUUAAAGAAUGCAUACCGAAAGGUGAUUUCACCUCAAAAUUUUGUGUAGCAUUGAUAAACGGAGUGGCAUUAGUAGGUCAUCCAGAUGGAAGGGUCUUAGAAUAUAUUCAGGGUUCUGAAUUAAUUUUCAAGUUCAUCAACGCGUUAUGGAACCAAGCAGAUUCUAGAUUCAUUUUGGAAUCGUUAAAAGCUGUGUUCACUCUGAUUUCUGACGAAAGCAUAGAAAUGACUUUCUGUCUUGGAGCGAUUGUUCAGCAUAUUCCAAAAGAAAUGAUUGAUAUAGUUGUUAAAUAUGCUGUGUUUGAAAGUAAUAUAGAUGAUGACAGUAUGACAAGGGCAUUAAAUAGAAUCAUAGGUUGGAUCCAGUGGCCAACAGCUGUUAAUGUCAGUGUUUGGAUUAUUGGAUUCCUACAGAGUCUUGCAGCAGAAAAGAGAUUCACUGUUUUGAUAUCUGUCACCGAGUCUAAAAUAGAACAGGUAUUCAAAGCAGUAGAGUUGUCACAAGUAAGGAAAGGUGCUUUAAAUGUAUUAACCCAUAUGUUACUGAGUUUCCAACACUCACCAGAGCCAUUCCAUAAGAUUUUACCCAAGAUUCCAAGAGUUAUGUCAAUUUUGACUACAGAAACUUCAGCACCCAGUCAAGAUUGUGCUGUUAGAUUGGCUUACCUUAUUCAUUGCUGUAUGUACCAUCAUGCUGGUUACCCUGAUCUUUAUGACCCAGUUAUGGAAAUUAUUAAGGACUUUCCACAACCAGAUCCAGAAGAAAUCCAAAAGAAGUUAGCAGAAACAAGAUGGACCAACCAGAAAGCUGGAAAUAAAAAUUAUGUUGUCAAGGUCACACAGAGGUCAGAGACAGGAAAAACAGGGUUACAUAACCUUGGCAACACAUGUUUUAUGAACAGCAUUGUACAAGCCUUAUUUAUGGCUGAUGGAUUUAGGAGAAGCAUAUUUUCACUGUCAUCCAUGGGAGAUAAAAACUUGUCAACAAAGUUACAACAACUGUUUGCAUUUCUUAGUUAUACACAGAGGCCAGCCUAUGCCCCAAUUAAUUUUCUGGCUGCUUCAAGACCGCCAUGGUUUACAGCAGGCCACCAACAAGACUGUUCAGAGUUCUUAAAAUACCUAUUGGAUCAAAUUCAUGAAGAAGAAAAAACUGCCGUAAAGAAGAAAAAAUUGAGUAUUAAAGGAAAACAAGGCCAGGCAACUACAGAAGAAGCCUCUGAAACUACAGAGGCAAAUUCUGUAAUUGAAGAUUGUUUUGGCGGGCAAGUUAAAACUACUUAUACCUGCCUCACUUGUAAGACUGAAUCUUCAAGAACUGAAUUAUUUACCGAUCUUCCUCUUGCCUUCCCUGAAUAUGGGACAUGUGAAAAAUCAUUGGUGGGGGGUGACAGUAAACGUAAUAAAAGUGGUGACUCGUCUAAAGUCAAUGAUGAAGAUAAAAAACAAAGUGAUACCACAGCUUCUAAAAAGUUACAUUUGAACGAUUUAGUGCAAUUUUAUUUCAAGCCUGAGAAAAUGACAGGCGAUAAUAAAUAUUUCUGUGAAAAGUGUGGUGAACUACAGGAUGCAGAGAGAAGUAUCAAAUUAAAACAAGUGCCUGACACUCUUAUCUUCACACUACUUCGGUUUUCCUACGAUGCCAAAAGGCAUAAACGUACUAAAAUUUUCCGUGAUGUAAAAUACCCCAGAACUUUAGUGCUUCCAAGUGACUGUGAUAGUGCUGAAACUUCAGAAAAAACAACCGACAGACGAAAAUCGGUCAGAACUAUGAUAACCAAUAAAAUUGAAGAAUGUGGUAUAAAUACAAAUACUUCCAAUUCCAAGGGUGAAAUUUAUAGUCUGUUUGGUGUUAUCAUUCAUUCUGGAGUGUCGUCUGAAAGUGGCCAUUAUUAUUGCUAUGCAAGACAUUCAUUGUUUACAAAUCCUGAAGCUUACUGUGAUAAAGUUCAAGAUUGCAAAGACGAAGAUGAAAUAGACUUCUUGCAAAAUAAGUGGUACCUCUUCAACGAUAGUUCUGUAUCCCAUGCUCAUUUUAAUUCGUUUAGUAAUGUUACACAGAGAUUCACGAAGGAUACACCAUAUAUAUUGUUGUACAAGAGAAUAACCCCUAGUCAGGCUGAAGGUCAAGAUAUUGAUUUGAAUAAGUCUCUUCAUACAUCAGAGGUGGACCCUCCAAUGAGAGCUGACCUUAGAGCUCUUGUUAAUAAGGACAAUACAUUUUUUCUGCAGGAACAAGAAACAGCAGCAAAAACAAAGUCAACAAAGAAACAGGAUGCAGCCAAUACUAGUUCCUGGUUCAACUGGAACAAUGAUGAUGACAAUGGUCCUCCAGGGAGCUGUGGGGGAGGAGAUGGAGGCAGUGGAUUUGGGGGCUUAAAUGGUGCAAAUAGAUUUAUAUUCUAAAAACACUAUAUUUUGAAGAACAAUUUUCUGUUUGGCCAUUUUACUGAUGGAAGAAAGAUAUUGUUGAUUUGUACUUAAAUCCUCUUUUUAUAAUAGCUUAAGUCAAAUUUUGAAAUUAUCCAAAGUAAAGUGACAUCUGUGAUGGAAAAAAAAACAAAAAUCUAAUGUGUAGAUGAAUUGUAAAAUUUUCACAAGGGCUAUUUUGAGAUAUUUCUUGAUUAAUUAGUAGAGUACAAAGAAACAUCCCCACAAUAAUGAU